AUGGAGGUUCAGUGGAUAACCUGUCCUGUCCAUCAGGUUCAGUGGAUGACCUGUCCUGUCAUCAAAGGUGUGACCCAAGGCCAGAUUGAAAAAAGACCCUCGUUCAGACUCUCCAGACAUCACGAAUUCAGUCUUGGGUUUGUCUCUAUUUUCCGACCGCAGCACUGGGCACGGCUACCUAGGGAGGGCAAAAAAAAAAAAAAAAAAAAAAAAAAAAAAAGGAUAGCAAAGGUCGUACAUACAUAG